AUGAUUAAAAAAAUUAAAUUAUCAAGUUUCACAAAAAUUAUUAAAUCCAUUGGAAAGAAAAAAAGCAUGGAUUCAAUUUAUGGGAAAAAUUGGGAAGGAUUAAAUAUUUUCUCAUAUGAGGUAUUGGUCCAUAUUUUCUCAUUUUUAGAUUUGACCGAUAUUAAGAAUUUAAAAUUAGUAUCAAAAGAUUUUUCAAAUAUAGCAUCUGAGUGUUGUUUAUGGAGAAUGUUUUUAAUUAAAUUACAUACUGAUGGAAAGAUUUCACCAAGAGUUUGUCAUUCAGCUGUUGUUUAUAAAAAUUUAAUGUAUGUUUAUGGUGGACAUUUACCAGAUAGUCAUACUUUUAUUAAAGAUGUUAAAAGUGAUUUAAAUGCUUAUGAUUUUGAAACUAGAAAAUGGAAUACAUUAACAACAACAGGAAUAAAUAUGCCAGAGAAAACUGAACAUUCAGCAGUGGUUUAUAAGAAUUCAAUGUAUACAUUUGGAGGUUAUUCAGGUACAUCAUCAAAUUAUAUGGAUAUUUCAGUUUAUAAAUUAAAUUUAGAUACAAUGGAAGGUGAAAUAUUAAAUGGUACUGGUCAAAAACCAAUGGGUAGAUCAGCUCAUUCUGCAGUGAUUUGGAAAGAAUAUAUGUAUAUUUUUGGUGGUUGGGAUGGUACAGAAUCAAAUAAUACUUUCUAUCGUUUAAAUUUAGAUACAUUGGUGUGGUCAUUAGUUCCAGCAAAAGGUACACCACCACCUUGUAUUAGGUCCCACUCUGCAGUUGCUCAUAACGAUUUCUUAUAUAUUAUUGGUGGUUAUGGUCCAAACGGUCAUACUGAACGUCCAUAUAGUUAUGAUUUGGCUAAUAAUCAAUGGGUGCCAAUGUUAAUGAAUAAUAAUAAUAAUAUUAAUAAUAGUAAAGGUGGUAGUAAUAAUAAAGGAAAGAAUAGCCAUGAUGAUGGUCGUGGACCAUGUUCACGUUCACGUCUACGUACAGUUGUUUAUGGUAAUAGUUUAUGGUGCUUAGGUGGUUGGAAUAGAUCAUGCUAUUAUAAUGAUCUUUGGAAAUUUAAUUUGGAUACUCGCCAAUGGAGUAAAAUUAAUUCAUCAUUUGAAUUAAAAGGUAUUGGUCAAUAUUCAGUUGUUGCAUAUAGAAACCAACUCUACUUCUAUGGUGGAUAUAAUCCAACCACUAGUUCACCACAACCAAACGUUUAUACUUAUAUUGUUGAAAAAGAUCUCGAAAGAGAUUCAAUCAAAAACAAAAAGAAUACUUUAGAACCAAUGGAAAUUUUUAUUGAUAAAAAUAAUAAUAAUAAUAAUAAAAAUAAUAAUAAUAAUAAUAAUAAUAAUAAUAAUAAUAAUAAAAAUAAUAAUAAUAAUAAUAAAUUCAUUUCUUCAAUUAAUAUUUCUUCAACCGAUGAUAAUAAUGAUAAAAAUAAUAAUAACAAUAAUAAUAAUAAUAGUGAUAACGAAUCACAAUCAAUCGAUAAUAAUACCAAUAAUAACAAUAAUAAUAAUAAUGAUGAUGAUGACGACAAACAAAAUUCUAAUAUUUACAAUCAAAACCUUUCAAAUGUUGGAAUACCAACAAAUUGA